AUGUCCGUUCAACAUCUGCUCUCAGUGGCCGGCCACCGAGUUUCGGGCCAGAAUGUGCGCACUCAGAAUGUCAUGGCAGCUUCAGCUAUUGCCAACGUCGUCAAGUCCUCUCUUGGCCCGAUUGGACUGGAUAAGAUGCUCGUCGACGAUAUUGGUGACGUGACAAUCACCAACGACGGUGCCACCAUUCUGGGACUGCUCGAAGUGGAGCACCCGGCAGCUAAAGUUCUCGUUGACCUCGCUCAACUUCAGGACAAGGAGGUCGGCGAUGGCACCACAUCUGUUGUUAUCAUUGCCGCCGAGCUACUUAAAAACGCCGACGAACUAGUGCAAAAUAAGAUUCACCCCACUUCGAUCAUCUCCGGGUAUCGUCUUGCCUGCAAAGAGGCAGUCAAGUACAUUCAGGAGCACCUGACGCUGAAUGUGGAUGAUCUCGGCAAGGAGUCCAUCAUCAAUGCUGCAAAGACGUCGCUCUCUUCGAAGUUGAUUGGAUCUGACUCGGAGUUUUUCUCCAACAUGGUCGUUGAGGCGGUUACCAUCAUCAAGCAGAAUGACGGCCGCGGUGGGUUCAAGUACCCCGUGAAGGCCAUUCGCAUUCUCAAGGCCAAUGGCAAGAGUAUGCGAGAGAGUCAACUUAUCAACGGCUUCGCUCUUAACUGUGCCAUCGCCAUGCAAGGAAUGCCCAAGCAGGUGAAGAACGCCAAGAUUGCUCUGCUCGACUUUUCCCUGCAGAAAGCCAAGAUGAAGAUGGGCGUGCAGAUGCUGAUCAAUGAUCCAGAUAAGCUGGAAGAUAUGCGCAAGCGUGAAAGCGACAUUACCAAAGAGCGCAUCCUGAAGAUCAUCAACGCCGGCGCCAAUGUCAUCCUCACCACUGGCGGCGUCGAUGAGCUCUGUCAGAAGUACUGUCUGGAGAGCGGCGUCAUGGCGGUCAGGCGGUGUCGAAAGUUUGACCUGAAGAGAAUAGCGAAGGCCACCGGCGGCCAGCUGAUUGCCAGUCUGGCGAACAUGGAGGGCGAGGAGACCUUCGAGGCGGCCAUGCUCGGCGAGGCGGAAGAGGUGGUCCAGGAGCGAAUUUGCGACGAUGAGCUCAUUCUCGUCAAGGGAACCAAAAACCACAACUCUGCGUCGAUCAUUCUGCGCGGCGCCAACGAGUUCUUCCUCGACGAGAUGGAGCGCUCGCUCAAUGACUCGCUGUGCGCCGUGAAGCGCGUCCUCGAGUCGAAGAAGGUGGUUCCGGGCGGGGGCGCCGUCGAGGCGGCCCUCUCCGUGUACCUGGAGAACUUUGCCACCACCAUUGGCUCGCGCGAGCAGCUGGCCAUUGCCGAGUUUGCCCGGUCGCUGCUGGUGAUUCCGAAGACGCUGGCGGUGAACGCCGCCAAGGACGCCACCGAUCUGGUGGCGAAGCUGCGCGCCUACCACAACAGCUCCCAGACGAAGGCGGACCACGCGGCGAUGAAGAACACCGGCCUGGAUCUGUUUGAGGGCACGGUGAAGGACGCGGUGAAGAUGGGCAUCCUCGAGCCGGCCAUCUCCAAGGUGAAGAGUCUGAAGUUUGCCACCGAGGCGGCCAUCACCAUCCUGCGCAUUGAUGACCUCAUCAAGCUGCAGAAGGUGAAGGAGGACCGAUAUGGCGGCGAUGACUGCUACGGGGAUGGCCAACUGUGCGCCACAAUCUCACUUUGGUCGGAGCUCUUUGAAAUUGAGAAGCGCAUCGCUCUGAAGUGUUUUCCCGAUCUUCUCACGCGAAGUCAGCGAGCCAGCAAUCUGGUGAUGCUGACAAAGCCGAAUCGCGCCGAGGAGAAGACGAAGCUGAAUGCGCUGUUCACGCAGAUUGGCUUUGCCGAUUCACCCGAGUUUGUCGACGUGAGCGCGCACAUCAAGCUGAAGUCGCUCAAGACUGUGCAGAGCGCCAUCAUGUGGAUGUGUCCCAUCGGCUCGUGCAUGGAGGAGUCCAGCCGACUGCGAUUCUACAGUCUCUUCUUUGAUGAGGUCUACAAUGACUACUUUGGCCAGCGCUCCUCGGUGCACGGAUUCGAGUACGAGUACUUGCUUGUAGUCGCCUGCAAGCUCGGUUAA